AUGACGGAGUAUCUGCCAUGCGAUGUGUUCCUGGAGAUCCUGCAUAGACUACCCGUGAAAUCCCUAAUCCGAUUCAGGUGCAUAUCCAAAUCAUGGAACUCUCUAAUCACAAGUCCUGCCUUCAUCAAUUCCAAUCUCACUCGAUCACACUCCAAUUCCAACAAAUUAAUUGUUACGUAUUCUGAUGUCAACACGGGUUACAAAUUAAUUCACGAAGAAGACAAUGACAAUAAUGACUCGUCAUCUGAACAAAUUCAACAACUUGAGUUCCCGAAUAAUUUUCGUCGCAAUUUUCAAGUAGUCGGUUUCGUUAAUGGAUUGUUUUGCCUUUAUGAUCAAAGCCGUUAUAUCGUUUGGAAUCCCUGCAUUAGAAAAUCUAUUGCCCUUCCCAAUCCUUCCGUUACGAUCUCCUUUCUUUUUUAUCUAGCGUUUGGGUUUGAUAUUGGCCUUCCCAAUCCUUCCGAUACGACCUCCAUUCUUUCUUAUCUAGCGUUUGGGUUUGAUUCUAGGAUCAAUGAUUAUAAGCUGUUGAGAAUUGCAUUUCAACCUAUAAAUAUUAGCGCCACAAAACCUCUGGUUGAGGUUUACUCUGUUAACGAGGGAUCUUGGAGAAUAACGAGUGGUGGAGACUCGUAUCCGCCUGGAGUUUAUAGUAGUAAUCGGUCCCUAUCAACAGCCGUUUCUUUAAAUGGAGCUGUUUAUUUUGCCGCGUAUCAUAGUGAUGCCCGAGGUUCAAUAGUUUUGUCAUUUGAUUUGGGUGAUGAGGUUUUCCACGUGAUAUCCUUGCCAAAUGGUAAUUUUAAAUUUGAGGCUGAUAUUGAUAUCUUGGUAUUCAAGGGAUUGAUUUCUCUAAUAUGCCAUGAGUAUAUGGGUGAGCGUUGUUCUUUUUUUGUGAUGAAAGAGUAUGGCGUUGUUGAUUCUUGGACUAAACUGUUCACUAUUGACCUCAAGACGCAAUCCUGUAGAGUGUUAGCUUUCCGGAAGAAUGGUCUUUUAUUAGUGCAGUACGAACUAUUACUUGGUUGGGAGCUCUGUUCAUAUGACCUUGAGAGCCAACGAGUGAAGAAUUUGGGGUAUUCUAGAAGGAGGAGCCCAGGUUAUUCUUGUGCUGAUAAUUAUGUGGAGAAUCUUUUCUUACUUGACAAACCAAAUGAUGCAGUUUCCAAGUGA